UGCCAAGUAGCCUCAAGCCAGCAGACUUCCAUGAUGGGGAAAAGAAGACUAACUUAAUUGUCCAUGUUCACCCUGGACAAAUAAAGAGGUUCACUACACUACAGUGUGGACUAUAUUCAUCUCUUACCCAAGGCCUCAAAGCUGUAGGCCUCUUGGCAGGUUAACCCAUCACCCCCCUAGAGGGCACUGGAGGAUGCUGAGGGCUUGGGCAAUGCAGGCUCUCCAAGGAAGCAUGUCUGCUUUCCUCCCAUUGGUGCAAAACUACUACCUCCAGCCGGGGGUCCUCAGGUAACACAAGGUUGCAUCACAAUGGGGGCUCAAAGUUUCAAGAUGUCCAACCUCAGUUUCACCCCUCAUCAAAGGACCUUGUCUGGGCAGGAAAAAUGAUCUAGCAUCCUGGGCUGCAACCAAUGCAGACCCUGGUCUGGGAGGCGAAGGACGGCGAUGUAUAUACUUUGUGGUGACAUGAUGUCCUGAGAAUGACAGAUGAGCACGUUAAAGACACAAUGGAGGAGUUUCUUCUCUCCCAUGGUUACCAGAUGGGUAAAACCAUUGGAGAAGGGACAUAUUCAAAGGUCAAGGAAGCUUUUUCAAAAAAACACCAACGAAAAGUGGCCGUGAAAAUUAUAGACAAAAUGGGAGGACCAGAAGAGUUUAUCGAGAGGUUCCUGCCCAGAGAGCUCCAGAUCGUCAAGCGCUUGGACCACAAGAACAUCAUCCGAGUGUACGAGAUGCUGGAGUCAACGGACGGGAAGAUCAACCUGGUGAUGGAACUAGCAGAGGAUGGAGACGUGUUCGACUGUGUCCUGCAAGGGGGGCCCCCUUGCCUGAGAGCCGGGCCCAAAUCGCUCUUCCGCCAGCUGGUGGAGGCAAUCCGCUACUGCCACAGCUGUGGCGUGGCGCACCGUGACCUCAAGUGUGAGAAUGCGCUCCUGCAGGGUUUCAACCUGAAACUGACCGAUUUCGGAUUUGCCAAGCUGCUCCCCAAAAACCGGAAGGACCUGAGCCAGACAUUCUGUGGCAGCACAGCCUACGCAGCCCCCGAGGUGCUGCAGGGCGUGCCCCACGACAGCCGGAAAGGUGACAUUUGGAGCAUGGGCGUGGUUCUCUACGUCAUGCUCUGUGCAAACCUGCCCUUCGACGACACAGAUAUCCCCAAGAUGCUGUGCCACCAGCAGAAGGGGGUCUCCAUUCCUGGCCACUUGGGGAUUUCCGAGGAAUGCCAGGACCUCCUCAAAAGCCUGUUGGAACCGGACAUGAUCCUGAGACCUUCCAUCGAAGAAGUGAGUUGGCACCCAUGGUUAGCAAGCUCCUGAGAAAAGGACCGUGUCAAAAACUCUCCCCAAAUAAAAGGGGACAGGCUGUUUCCAAAAUGCUCACAUAUAUUUUAAC